AUGUCACCGCCUACAAGACCUCGUCAGAGGAAAGCCAGCGUCCUGGCUGCUCCAUCUAGAUCUGACGAUCCCGAAGAGAGAAAGCGCAUCUUGAAUGUUUUGGCGCAACGUAGAUACAGUAUUUCACUGCGCUCAAUUCAGACUGCUGUUCUUGCCACUGACCCUAGAUCAGGGAAACGAAAGAGAGAGCACGUCAAAGCUCUAGAGUCUCAAUUGGUCGGGAAGACUUCAGUUGAUGCAGCUUCCCAGCAGAAUAUCAUAACAGAUGUCGAGAACGACCUCACAGCUAGCACCGGUCUGCUAGAAGAAUCGUCACAAUCUCAGUCAUCUUGUGAAAGAGCUGCAUCCGGAGACUGGCCUGCCGCUCUCGGUACGACCAACAACCCACCAGCCUGCACACAAGCGUCCUUGUAUUCAUCGCAGACAGCACUCUUCUCAGAUAUGAGUCAAAUGAGCCUUGGUGCUGAAGCAGAAGAUCAGCCUGGUACUGAUUCCUCAAACGAUCAAGCACCAGCAGAACUUUUCACGCAGCCGCGCGUCACAGCGCCUGAGCUGGCAAUGCUUGACUGGGCUAUGUCUUCGGCGUUAGACAACGGCCCGGCAUAUGUCCCAGCCCCAAAUCAACCACUCUCACCAUGGACCUGGGACCCUUUAGUGUUUCUACCGUCGAUUAGUCUCCCUUCUACACCCGGCCCGGACCUAUCAUCCCGAGAUAACGAAUCAACGCCCCAAACCGACCCGUCGUCCUCCUCCUCUUCCUCAUCGCCAGACUCCGCAUCCGCCUCCCCACCCAAAAAUCCGCAUUCUUCCACAACUCACGCAGACUACACCGACACCCUACAAACCUACUGCACAACCCACGACACCCUCGCAGACGCCCACUUCCUCGAGUCCCACGACCUCAAACUCCUCCACAGCUUCCUCUCCAUCGCCUCCCUCUUCAAUCUAGACCUCAACACAGAUAUCUGGUCCCUCACCGCCUCCUCCCCCUUCUACUCCCCUCCCGGCUCCCUCCCACCUCCGCUCCCCCCCAACCUUCCCCCCAACCUGCACCCAACCUCCAUCCCACUCACGACCCCGCAUCACCCGAUCAUCGACAUCCUCCCCUGGCCAGUGGCCCGCAACAAACUGAUCCUCGUCUUCUCCGCACCUCCUCAUCUCCGGCCCCCACAGGCGCAACCGGAAACCGCGCUCAUCGACCUAGUGUACGAUAUCGAGGAUAGUAGUGAAGGGGUGAGGAUGUGGGGGGAGAGUCCGUUCAAGGAGGAGAGCUGGGAGGUCGGCAGUAAGGUGUGGGGUAAGUGGUGGUGGGCUUUUGAUGGGGCGAUCGUGAGGAAGAGUAAUGAGUGGAGGAGGCGUAGAGGGGUUGGGAAACUAGGGAUGGGAAUGGGAAUGGGAAUGGGAAGUACGUCUGGGAAUGUAGUUGGUGAGGUAGGCUGA